AUGCACCGCCAGCCGAGCCCAGCCACACACCAGCACUGCACCGCGACGAUGAGCUCCAACCAGCCCCCCAGGAAACCCCGCCAGUCCAUCCCAACCAGCACCCUCCUCCUCCUGGCCGGCUCCUCCGCCUCGGGCUCGAAGGCGCCCACCCCUGCGCCGACAUCCAAGCCGGCACUCAAGAAACGCAGCAAGAGUCUCGGAGGCCUCGCCCUCGAGCAGAAGAUCCUGCGCGACAACAACAGAGACCACGACUCCCUCAACGUCGACUUGGACCUCACCCCGAGGAAGAGGGCCCGGCGAAGUCUCGUCCCCGGAAAAUCGAUCCUCAAGUCGCGUCCGACCAUCUCCGGCACUGGCCUCGAACGAACAACAAGCGAUAACACGCUCACACUCAACAGCCACACGCAGCCCUUAUCAAGUCUUGCAGCCUCAGCCGGCUGCGAACUAUCCUCCUCCCAACUCACCAACGAGUCCUCAAACCCACCACUCUCCCAGUCCAUCCGAGCUAGCCAAGACACAGAGAACCAGAACCCAGCCGAACACCAUGAAGCCGACAACAGCUCCGACAUGGACCUCUCCGACGACCAAGGCUUACUACACAGGAGCAGUCUAGGCUCAAACACCACCACUACCCUCCUCAGACGUGUCAGCUUUGCGGCAAAAGCCCAUGUCAGAACCUUUGGCAGUCCUCUCGUGGAUCCCGACUCCAGCAUGGCAUCUUCCAGCGCAUCUGCCCCUCCAAACGACCCUCCAGGACAUCCCACCUCAUCUGCUGCCCAAACUAACGCGUCCGAAGAUGAUAGUAGCACGGCUGACAUGAGCAUGGACAGUGCGGCCUCGAACAAUCCACUCGACCCCCUUCAACCCCAGACGACAGCCCAAGAAGCUCACCCAAAUCCACCCGAGAACCACCCACCUCCACCAUCCAAAGACGCGCUCAAACAAGCAAAAGCUAGUCGGCUAUCCAUGGCUAUCCCCGGCUUUGGCAGCUAUGAUGACAACGACGAUGAUGAUGACGAUGGCGACGAGGAGCAGGGCCAGGAAACCCACAAAGAUCCUAGCGCAGCCAAAACCACUCCAGCAAAUUCACAUCCUGCCUCGUUGGACACUGCGGCCAAUCACCGUUGCAGCCAAGAAGAUCCAGAGCAAAGUCAGGAUAUGGAUAUCACCACACCCCUCCAGCCCGUUCCAACUAAGAACAUUCAUCCCCAGCAAUCAAGCUCAUCAGGCGCCACUCAACUACCCAAGCCACCCAUGCAGAGCGGUAUCCCCCGGCUUCAAUCAUCCUCAUCCACCGCUGAUCAACAACGCCGAGCUUACAAAAGUAGUCGGCUGUCUGUUGCCCUACCCGAGCACCUACGCGGUCAUCGCUCAGAUGAGACCGAAAACCUGGACGACAUUCCCUCCGCCCGUCCGCUCGCCCAGCCUGCUGGAUCGGCACCCGUCGCCAAUUCCCAACCUGCCUCAACUGAUCAGGAACGCCGGGCUUGGAAAACUAGUCGUCUAUCAGUCGCUCUGCCCGAACAUCUACGUGGAAACAUGGCUGAUGACACGGAGGAUAUCCCAGCCACAAAGCCUCCAUCCCAAUCGGCGCUCCAAUCUUCGGAUGUCAAUCUGCCCCAACCAGACAAGACUCAUCAGCCAAAGCAGCCCAAAAAACUCAAAGCGUCCAAGGCCAGUCGACUCACCACCUUCCUGGGCACCUCCCAAGAAGACGAGGUGGCCAACGAUGAUGACACCCACCAUCAGGCACAACCGAACGAGCAGGAAACCAAUCCCGAAUCCGAUAAGGAUCGCGCUCCAUCUCCCCCUUCCAAGACAUCCAAAAAACCUAGCCGAUUAACUCAACUCUUUUCGGACUGGGGUGAUGUCUCACGCGAACUGGACAAUGCCCGAGACCAAGAGGACCCAGGGCCGUCGAUGUACUCGGAAGAUUCGGAACCGGCGCCGAAGAAAGCUCGGAGCAGAAUCUCGGAGUUCUUGCAGCCCCAAGAUAGCUCAGACAUGGAAGAGGCUGAUCCAGCGUUGAUCGACUUCCAUGAACCUGCUACCAGCCGCCCGUCUUUCGGUCCUCCGCCUAACCGGUCCUCUUUAUCCGUACCGAGCCUGCAGAACAUCCAAGAACACGACGACCUGAUCAACAUGAGUUUUGAGGAGAAUCCUGCUCCAAAGCCGGCAUUGGUUCUACCUGGCCCUUCCAACUCCGGGCCAUCUCUUCUAAGCACAUCUUCUGAGUCUAUCUCAAGAGCCGGAAGCUUUCCCAGAACUUCCCUCGAGCCGGUACUCCCCAGACUAUCUUCGAUCCGUGCCCUUCCACGGUUAUCUUCGGCAUCUCCAUCCCGCCGCCUAUCCGGCUCCCUCUCAGGCUCUCCCAAAAAUCUCCGCCUGUCCUUCGCGUCCCCCCGCCGCUUAGUGUUUCCAGCCGGUACGGCCAACCAUGCAAACCAGAACGAUUCAGCUCAAAAGACCGAUGAGCUUUUGCGAUCAAAGUCGGCCGAUCCAUCGGCUUCUGUCAAAGACGCUCCCUUAGAUCUUCGUCGGCCGUCUAACCCAAGUCAUCAGCAGCAUGACCCACAUCCUUCCGGCGCAAGCUCUUCGAUGCCCCCACCGCAGAUUCUACCUGUACCACCAUCGCCGUUAUUGAUUAGCUUGAAUGAGUUCUUUGAACAGGCGGAGAUCCGCUUCAUCAGCUUGUCUCAACCUCGGGUUAGGAACUACGACCAACAAGAACAUCCCAAUCUUUCCGAAGGCCAGCACAGGGUCUCUAGUUUUGCCCAACAGAUUUUUGCUGGUAUGGUCAAGAUUCCUCGGCUGCGCUUGCUUGAAAGCUCAUCUCGCAGCUUACGUCAAAAGACAGAACUCCUGGACUACACAACUAAGGAACACGAGGGCGAGAUCUCGCGGAAUGCGCAAAAGUACAAGCUUCUCAAAGACUGGGUCGAACUCCGUCAGAAACAGACUCAGGCCGGCCAAAGUCACCCCCAGACUGCCCAGAAAAAUCUCGAAGAUCUCAACCAGAUGAUGGGCCAGCUCAGGCUCAAGAAGAACUUGGUCGAGAUGAGUGCUAAACAAGACUGCCAUCUCUUCGACAUCGAGAUGUGGAAAACCUAUCAGGCUAAUCUACACCAGCGGACUGCCAAAUUAUCUCACGAUUUGGAAGUGAUGAGGAAGAUUGAUUCGGUCGUCAAGCCCUCUACCGAAUCGUUGAGGGAACGCAAGCAGAACCUCAUCGAAGAGAUCCGACGACGGAAACAAAAGCUUGCAGAAAUUGAGAGCUGUGAUCAGAAUCAACUGAAGGCUUUGAAUGAAGAAGCCAAGGAUCUUGCGGCUGAGACCGAGGCCAAUCGACGCGCCUUGACUGAGUCGGAGUUUGAACGCAAUCUCUGGCUCGCCAAGUUUGCCGAAUUGGAACAAGAGAAAAAUGAGCAUCUGCAAAGAAUCGAGCAGCUCAAGCGUGACCCAGACCAGAGCCAAGAGUGCACGGUACCAGAGCUGCUUCGACUGAAAAACGAGUUCUUGGCGAUACAGAAGAUGUUGGGCUGGGAAUUGGUCCGGUUCGAGGACGACCUGUUUGUCUUCAUCUUCUAUUCGACGAUCGGAGUCAAUCUCCACCUCGACCCAUUCGACCCCGAGCAACCCUAUCGCAACGUGCGGAAGGUCGAGCUUCGGUGGGCCGGGCCAUCGGUGCCGAUCGCAGAACAGGACGAGCCGCUCAUUCGGCAGGUCGAGCAGUUCUUCUUCGGCCAUCUUAAGGCCCACUUCGACGGCAAAAAAGUCCAGGGAAGAGUCAGAGAGCUCGUCCAGCAAAUCUCGUCGAUGUGGUACCACGCCCACCAACUCAUCUGGGAGAUCACCAACGCCCAGACCCGGUUCAGUGUCGCCGUCGACAUCCUCGAGCCGUCGCCGGCCAAACACAGGGCCCGUGUCUCCGCCGCGCCCACCCCGGGAAGCCUGACCAUGGACGUCCGCGUCUCCAUCCGCUCCCCCCGCAACUGCGCCGCUGCCCAUUGCCAUUUCCUCUUCGAUGGCCAGGAAAUCCUCGACUGGCUCGCCCCCGCCCCGCUCGCGCAUGUCUCGUGCAAAGUCACGCCUGUCUUCGGGAAGGCCGAUUGCUUGAAUUUGAGCUAUGUGCUCAGCGAACAUAUCGACAAAGGACUCCGAGGCGCGUUGAAGGAUGGCUGUCUGGAGGCGCUGGCGUGUCUGGACGCGUGA